AUGCGUCGCUUUUCUCAAAUCGUAUUUACAUAUAAAAUAAUAGAAAUGGAUCUUUGUUUGGGUAGUACAAAUGUUAUUACUCCACGAGAUAUUGAUGAAUUUGACUUCUGGGCAUGGUCAGAGUAUCCUCGUCUUAUAUCAAGGCUUAUAUAUUUAUGGUGUAAUCAUAAAACACUUAUUGGUCCUUGUAAUAUGCAAAGUAAUAAAUGUUCAUCAUGUUUUACAAUCGAGGGUCAUCAAAAAGCUCGCCGAAGAGUUUGUCGUACCAAGCAAGUUGAUUACAUGAGUAGUGAUUUCACAGAACCUCUUGUAAUUGGCUGCUGGAGAACACCAACUCGGCAUUCGCUAUAUUGUGAAUUGCAUCAAACUGAUAAAAAAUCAGCUGAAAAAUCAACAAAUAAUCGAAAAACUACUAGUUAUAAGUUAAGGAAUUCAAGAACAUGGAAGUGA